AUGAUCAAGCGACGCACUCGACCACCAACGCAAACCAGACAAAUAUCUGUCGAGGUCGAGGACCCUAAAGAGCAAGAAGUUGGAGAGGAGGAGCCAGACCUACCUAUUGCAGACCUUAUUGAAUGGCGGAAGCUCAGGCGAGCUCGAGAAGGUAUUGAUGUCGCCAAACUGAACGUUGGAGAUGCUAAGAAGAAGAAGAAACGGCCUAGAGAGGAGGAGCAGGGUGGGUUGAGGAAGCCUUUGGCUGCUGAGGGUGACGAAGACGAUGAAGAAGCGAAAGAAGCUCGAGCUCGUCGCGUCGUUCGUACCAAUAACUUUACGCAACAAACCAAUGCGUUGGACGUGGACAAGCAUAUGAUGGCGUAUAUCGAAGAAAACCUCAAGGUCCGGGGUAAACCGAGGAACGAGGAAGACGAUGAAGACAAGAAACCGCUCGACCCUCAGGAUAUCCUGUACCGCCAGGUCGCCGACCGGUUUAGACUGGAUAAACCCAAGGCUGCGACCGAGGAAGGAAAUGUGACGAAUAGUAUGUCCAUGUUGACUGCUAUUCCUGAAGUUGACCUUGGAAUGGAUACUCGACUGAAGAAUAUCGAGGAGACUGAGAAGGCUAAGCGGGUUGUUGCUGAGGAGCGACAGGAACGCAAGAAGGUUAAUCCGGACGAAGAGCACCUUGUUGCUACUCGAUACUGGACAGUUUACCGUCCCAACCUGCGGGCCAAGUCUGAUGCUGAUAUUCUGCGGGAUGCAAAGCUUGAGGCCAUGGGCCUGCCACCUCAAGACGAUGCACAUCAUAGGUCCAACCACGACAGGGCGCAAACGGCAACAGAUGAGAUUGUAAUGGAACGGUUCAAGAAGCGAAUGCGCAAAUGA